AAAUUAAAAUAAAAAAUUCAAAUUAAUAUUAAUAAAAUUGAUUCUUAGACUAGUUUCUGUUGAUAUUAAUUUUAAUUAUUUAUUUAAUAAAGAGCUGCGCUUAAUUAUUUACUUAUGUAUGAAAAUUCAUAAAUCCAUUUAAAGAACCAAUUUUCCAAUGUUUUCAAAAGUGUUUCUUUAUACUGAUAGAGGCAGACUCUAUUGUCUCUCAAGAUUAGCUGUAAGAAAAUACAGCACCCCAAGCUACAUUCAUAACCCUGGCUCUGCACCUUUAAAAUGCAUAACUCUGGGCAGACUGCUUGAAGAAGCAGCAACAAAAUACGGAGAUCGACCAGCCUUAAUUUCCCGAGCCCAAAACCAGGUUCUCACCUUCCAACAGGUGCUAAAGCAAGCUGAUAAGUUAGCAGCUGGUUUUAGAUCCGUCGGUUUAAAUCCAGGGGAUCGGAUUGGAAUCUGGGCUCCUAACAUCUCAGAAUGGUAUCUCACAAAUAUGGCUUGUGGACGGGGUGGGUUUGUUUUGGUGAAUAUAAAUCCAGCUUAUUUAGUUCGAGAAUUAGAGAAUUGCAUUACUAGUGUGGGCGUAAAAGCGAUCGUUUGUCCUCAUAAGUUCAAGAAUCAUGAUUACUAUGAUAAUAUAAGUGAGCUUGCGCCUGAACUCUUGAAACAUGAUCCGGGAAAACUAAAAUCUAAAACUCUACCCAGUUUGAAAACUGUGAUAAUAACAGACAAAGCUGAUUUGGAAGGUACAUUUAACUUUGGCGAAAUCCUAGAUAAAGCCUCAGAUGGUGAUAUAAACAGUAUUAAAAACAUGCAAGAUUAUUUAGAUCCUGAUGGAUUAGCGCAUUUACAAUUUACAUCGGGAACAACCGGAAAACCAAAAGCAGCAAUGCAAACCCAUUUCCAUAUAGUUAACAAUGGCAACAGCGUCGGAAAACGAAACGAGCUGGAUAAAAAACAUCAAACCAUUUGCAUGCAAGUUCCAUUUUUCCACGUUUAUGGAACAGUAAUCAGUCAAAGUGCUGCCUUAAAUCAUGGUGCCACCCUGGUACUUCCAAAUUUAGGUUAUGACCCUGAUAAGGCCCUGGAUGCUAUUCGGGAUGAAAAGUGUACGGUUAUCUAUGGAACGCCCACAAUGUACGUAGACUUAAUUAACAGACAAAAAGUUAGAAAAGAAAUUAUCUCUCCAGAAAUUGCUGUAAGUGGUGGGGCGCAUUGCAGCGUAAACUUAUUUAAAGAGAUGAAAGAAGUUUUGGGGGUUAAAAAGGUUAAGUCUGUGUACGGUCUGACUGAAACAACUGCUGUAGUUUUCCAGUCGUUAUUCGAUGACGAUGAGUAUCAUUCGACAUCUUCAGUUGGUUAUGUUUCUGAGCAUAUAGAAGCGAAAAUUAUAGAUGAAAAGGGUACUAUUGUACCAAGAGGCACCCCUGGAGAACUAUGCAUUAGAGGCUAUUGCAAUAUUUUAGGAUAUUGGGAGAAUGAAGAAAAGACCAAAGAAUUGAUGGGGGCCGACAAAUGGCUUAGAACAGGAGAUACGUUCGUUUUGGAAGAAGACGGAUAUGGCAAAAUCGUAGGUAGACUUAAAGAAAUAAUCAUACGUGGCGGAGAAAAUAUUUAUCCAGCUGAAAUAGAAAAUUUCUUAAACGCACAUCCGGACAUAUUAGAAGUUCAUGUAAUCGGCGUUCCGCAUGAAAGAUUGGGAGAAGAGGUGUGUGCGUUCGUACGCCUUGCGCCAAACUCCACCUUCACCUUGGAACACCUGAAAUCGUUUUGUAAAGGGAAAAUAUCACACUUUAAAAUACCGUCCGUAUUAAAAGUGAUCGAUGCGUUUCCAAAGACGACUUCGGGAAAAAUUCAAAAGUUUAAAUUACUUGAGCUUAUGAAGUGAACAAUGAUAAUAUAUAAAAAUGACUUAAACGUUCGGACUAUACAUUGUAAUACGUGGCAGCAGUCUAUUGUACUUUGGUCUCACUCCUGUUCGUUGCAACUUAUUAGUCCAAGCGUUUUUAAUGAACAAUACUAUUAUUUGAUUUUUAGCUUUUUUUCAUGAUUUAUUACAAGAUUUUUAUCAACAAUAAAUAUAUAAGAAACUGGA